AUGGGGCAGUUUGAUCCUAGACGCAAAGCCCUAGCAAUUCCAAGGAGAUCGAUGGAGCCAAUUUGGGAGCACAUGAGGAGCCGCACCUUCUUCAUGAGAAGGUUUGGACCCAAUUACCGUAAGGGGCAAUUGCGGGAAGAUGUCUUCUGUUGCUUUGUUGAUUUCAAAAAAGCUUUUGACACAGUCUCACGUGACAAACUGUGGCACAGAAUGGAAGAGCUUGGUAUCUCGGCUCAUCUUAGGGCUGCUAUUCAUAGGCUUUCUGAGGAGGUUAAAGUGAAAAUCAGAACUCCUGAUGGCAUUUCAACUAGUUUUAGGAGUGAUAUUGGUGUCAAACAAGGGUGUCCUCUUUCCCCUACCUUGAUUGGCUUAUACAUUGACAAACUUGAAGAAUGGUUAAACAUGCAGAAUGGUGAUGGUAUUCAAUUGGGGGAAUUUGUGAUAAGGCUGCUCCUUUAUGUUGAUGAUCUCAUUUUGCUUGCUAAUUCCGCCCUUGUUUUGCAAGAGCACUUAUUUGCCCUUGAGCGCUUUUGCAAUAUUGUGGGAAUGCAAGUUAAUAUCAGCAAGACGAAAAUCAUGGUUUUCUCAAGUAGAAGGAAACAAGAGCAACAUAAGUUUUACUUUGAAGGUAGCAUUCUUGAAGAAGUUGCAGAUUACAAAUACCUUGGAAUUGAUUUCAACAAGAUUCUUAGUUGGGAAGGUUGCAGGAAGAAGAGAACUCUAGGCGGCUGGAAGGCACUCUAUGCACUUCAAAAUAGAUGCAGAGAGGCUGAGCUUUGGGAUUGGAAAACCAUCCAAACACUUUUUAGGCUUUUGGUGUUGCCGAUUAUUCUAUAUGGUUGUGAAGUUUGGGUCAGCAAUACUUUAGAUUCUCAAUGGAAGCAAAUUGAGAGAAUUCAAAAACGUUUGAUCACAAGCAAGUUCAAAAUUAAAAACACGGUCUCAUAUGAUAUCAUGUUAAGUGAAACGGGUGCUGCCCCUAUUGAGGUAGCUGCUAUGGUGCGUCUCAUUAGCUAUUUAAAAAGAACCGAGCAAAUGGGAGAAGAUAGAUGGCCUAAGGUUGUUGUCAACGACACUUUGUGCAAAAGGAAGAAGACGUGGAUGAAACAAAACAUCAAAUGGUUGAAAAAAUGGGAUAUUUAUUUGAACUCAUGCCCCACAAACAACAAGGAGAUAAAGUUCUUCGUUAUGGAAAAGUUUUACAAGAAAAAUUGGAGUAUUGGGUUAGGAAGGAAGAAACAAUACUAUAUUAAUGAGUUCAACCCCAAUUAUGAUCAUCUUCAAAAAGUUUAUAUAGGGGCUAAUAUAUCAUGGAAGGCUAAAAUUCUAAUCGCACAGCUUAGAACCAACUCUCACCAACUUCGGUGUGAGACCGGGCGGUGGAAAAGGCCAAAAGAGAUUUGGGAAGAAAGAGUUUGCCCGUUUUGCGUCAGCGGGAGUGUGGAAACUGAAAAGCAUUUUAUCUUGGAGUGUGAAGCACUUAAAGUCAGUCGGGAAAAGUUUGUUGCCUAUUUCCUAACUGCCAGCACAUGGUAUAACCUGUUCAGCGAGGAGCAUAUCGUGAAGAUGGGUGCUCUCAUCAUCAGCCUGAAUAAGCAGUGA